AGCGUCCCAACGACAGCGUCGUAUCAGUCGCGCGCUUUUAGUAUCCUUACGAAGGUCCCGGGUAUCGCGCGUCUUGUACCCUUCGAAAGAUCCCCGCCGUUCGCAACGGACAGCGAGCCGGACACAGGCACGUAGCUGACCUCUUCGCCAUCCUCUCGCGGCAGGACAACGACGGUGCUCGUGACAGCCGGCGAAGGCUGUUUUUUAUGAUCUCGCAGCGGACGUGCGCGGUUGUGCGAAACAGACAGGAGCAACAGCGGCGUCCGUAGACGCGUCUUCGAGGGGACGCGGAGAAGAAUGAGUCAAGCAGAUCAGAACAAAAGCAUGGACAAGAAAGAGAUCGCCGAGGAGGAGAGGGAGAAGAUGCUGAACGCGGAGAACACGAAGCACACCGGUGCCGCACCCGCGCCGGAUCUCGAUUCCGAGGAGCAAAAACCCAAGAAGAAGAUACCGAUCGGCGGCAUCAAGAUGCCCGGAUUCUGCCGUACGAAGAGCAAGGAACCAUGCAAGGAUGACGAGACGAAGCCCACGGAGCCCACCGACGCGGAAUCAGCCCCUGUGGUGACGAAGGAGAAGGAGCAGGACAACGCACCGUCUGCGGAGAAGCUUACCACACCCACGAAGGAUUCUAAAGAGAAGGAGGGCCGGAAGGGCAUCCUCAACGCUAUACGCAUACCCUUGGUGUCGUCUGUGUUCUCCAGGAAGAGGAAGGAAGCUGAUUCCGAGUUGGGACAGACUGGCGCCGCUGGAUUAGCGAGUGUCGAGACUCUCGACGAUGCCGCCAACGAGAGAAACCCUAUCGCCUGCGAAGACGGCAUGGAAACGGUGCGACUCGAUAUAGAAGGAGCCGAUGGCGCCGAACCUCCCGCGCAGCAUCCUCUGGUAGUCUUCGUGUCCGCGGUUAAGCGACAUCGACAUUACUUAGUUGCGGGGAUCAUUAUCUUGCUCAUCAUCAUCACGUGCAUCGUCUGCAUCCUACCCAAGGAGUCCCGAUCUACGCAGCCGCUGAAGAACGGCAAGUACAUAGACGCGGUGACGACGUGCGGACCGGUGCAGGGCGUCCUGGAGGACGGUGCCUACGCAUUCCGCGGGAUUCCGUACGCGUUACCGCCAAUCAACAGCCGUCGGUGGCAGCCGGCUGAACCGGUGCGCCGGAUCGAGUACUGCUGGAAUGGCACUCGCUUGACGCACAACCCCUCCGAAGUGUGCUGGCAACGCCAGUCCUCCGGCCUCGUGGUCGGCACCGAGGAUUGCCUCUAUCUCGACGUGUUUACUCCGAAGGUCGGUUACGACGCUCCGCUACCUGUGGUCGUCAUGAUCGGCGCGGAGACCCUAAGCGGCGGCUCGCCCGGAGUAAUGCAGCCCUCGGCUAAACUGUCGCGCGUGCGUGACAUCGUGUUCGUGCGGCCGAACUUCCGAUUGGGGAUUUUCGGAUUCUUGGCGGCUGGACCUCUCUCCAAAGCGAAUCAUCCCCCGACUUCGGGCAACUACGGAUUAUCGGACAUCAUAGCGGCUCUUCAGUGGGUGCAAUUGAACAUUGAGCACUUCGGCGGCAACAAGUCGUCCGUCACACUAUGGGGGCACAGAGCAGGCGGCACUUUGGUGACGACGCUAGUCGGUACUCGCCGCGCCAAGGGUCUUUUCUCGAGGGUAUGGAUAUCCAGCGGAAGCGCAAUCUUCCCAGGCAAGGAGCUGGAUAAGUCCGAGAACUUCACAACACCGUUCCUCUACGGGCUCCAAUGUUCCGACGCCACUUGUAUGAGAAGCAAGACGGCCGAGCAGGUCAUGGACGCCGUGCCAGAGAUAUGGUACAUGAAUACCGUGGGUCUGCCGGAACCGAAGGAAGUCCGCGAGAAAGACAACAGACACGAGUGGCUCGUCCAAGACGGUGUGAUUCUUCAGGAACACGUCGGUCAGAUCUGGACGCGGGAGGAUAAUCUAGUAAAGAUGGUGAUAGGAACCACCGCGCACUCUGGCACACCACUGCAAUACAUGCAGCCUAACGUUACUCUCAGUGCAUCACAAGUCAGGAAAAUCGUACAGGAAUCCUUGCUCGGCACCAGUGGCAUAGUGGACGAGGUUCUUAAACGUUACAACGCCACGUUGAAGGGACUAGUCACUAUGAUCUCCGACAUUCGCGUAGUGUGCCCGCUGUUAACCGUCGCCAGAAUGAAGAAUAACAUACCGUUUUACGUGGCUACUCAGCCGCGCGGACGCUUGGCCGACCCCGACAGCGAUGCCGCCGCUAUCUUGGGUACUUACGCCGCUGUCACGCCCGAGGAGAAGAGACACGUGUCGGCCAUGCAACAGUUGUUCAAUUAUUACGUAUGGCACGGCGAGGUCCCGCAGGCCGAUCGGACGAACGCCAAGCGAAUCUUAAUAGUCGGUCAGGACACGCUGCUGGAGAACAAUUAUCCCAACUGCGAUUACUGGAUACAGUCGGACAUGGUGCCCUCGUACGGAUAUGUCAAUUAAGAGGAGCUCUUCUUGCCUGUAGGACUCCGCGUUAGGAUCGAUCUGACGGACCCGUUCCGGGGGGUAGCGCGCGUCGCCCGCUGAAUUCCCGUGGAACGCGAAUUCCCACGGCACAGGUAUGUACUUCGAUUACUUAAGUAGGAUCGAUAAUGAUUGUUCUACGAGAUAUAUGCGGAUCGAGACAAGUAAAUGAUCAUGCCUUUGUGGUGCGACGUAUAUAGUAGUACCUGUCAAAUCAUGACAAUUAAUUAACGAUAAAAGCCAAAAUAUAAAGCAAGAUUAAAGGGGAAAAGAAUGAAUUUAUAUAGAGAUGCGCGCGCGCGCACGCGCACACACGCACACACACACACACACACACACACACACGUGUGUAUGUGCCGACGUGUGGAUUCGUUCUCGAUGCUAAAGGAUAUUUUACGAAAUGUUUAGCAGCGAAAAGUGAAUGUUAUCCUUUGUAUAUCCGCGACCCAAGACAAACGUGCGUCUGACCACAAGGCACGUGGAUUAUUAUGUAUGUGUGUAUAAAGUACGAAUCAAAUUGUAAUAUAUUGCAUACGAGCGGAAACGGUGACGCGUGAGGAGAUACGAAGCGUAGCUUAUCAAGGAAGAGGAUCGAUAAGUUGACAGCGCGUACACAUUAUGCAAUUAUACACAUAAUUGUAUAAUAUAUACAUAUAUUGUUGUAAGAUAUAUAUAUAUAUAUAUAUAUACACACGUGAGCAAUGGGUGCGAAUAGGAUGGAAGGAAUAGAGCGGCAUCGGCCUUGCGGGAUUUCUAAGUUAGUCGUGUUUCUCGACUGAAGAUUGUUCGAUCAGAGAAUCGACAUUUAUGUCAAUGUCAAUGCCAAAACUUUAGUUGAAAACUUUUUGAUGAGUUUUUACACAUAGCCGUAAAAUAUUGAAAUACCUCAUUUUCCUCAGGCCUCUUCGUAUCCAGCUCAUAGACGUAAGGUAAGACGUAAAGUAAGACGUAUCUCAGAAUAUAUAUUGUUAGCAAUAGACUGUCAGCGUGUUAAUUGGACGAGAAUAAAAUAGCUGUCUUAACAAUAGACACACAAUGGACCAUGCUCCUUUGCGCGCUGCGAGAAGUACUAUUAGGUCGGACAGAUUUCGGAAAGGAGUUGGGACAUUAUUCGCGAUUUUAUUAAAAUAAUUCGAACAUAUUCGAAUAAAUAUUAUUCGAGUAAAUUUCUACUUUGGACAAAUACUCCAAAACUUUACGAGUGAAAACAAAUGAAGAUCUAUUCAAAUAAAAAAAGAAGUUCUUCAUUAUUUGCGAAGACAUCUUCGAGUGUUGUGCGUUGCUCGAUAAAAAGAUUUGCCCAACUCUAGUCUCGGAAAAUAUUAAUGGAACGUAUGCGGUGCAUCGCGUUUGUGGAAGCAAACUCUCUCUCUCUCUCCCUUCUCUAAUUUUUUUACAAAUGAUUUCUUUUCGUGCGAAAUGCUUUAUCGAUAUUUUUUAUACGCGUGUAAUUUAAAUGAAAGGCAGUUUUCUCUUUCUACACGAGAGAUAACUGCAGACUGAACAGAUAUGAGUAAUAUUUAUCUACCCAAUUAAUGGAAAAAUCUUGGAAAAGUUUUGGAAAAGAUUUUUCAACAUAUUCAGACUGAGAAGCUGCCAAAUUUGGUAUUUUUAUACCGAGCGUCAUAUCUACUUAAAUAGUUUGACUAACGCGUUGGUAUUCGCGCACGAGAUGUAUUGCGAUCGAUAGCUCUUCGCGCGCCUCUUCCUUCCGUAAACGCGAUUCUUGUCUCGCAGAUAAUAAUUUUGAGCCUUCUAUUUAUCACUCAUAUUUUUAAUUGCGACUAUUUUACGACUCCUAUUCACAUGUGUGUUUAUGUGUGUAUUAUUAAGUAAUUUAAUUUAUUGUCAUUAAUAUGUGAUAAGUAGCACUUAUAAGAAGAAAAACUUAUACGUUGUUUUAUUUUAUAGAUAUGUAUAUAUGUAUGUAUAUAUACAUAUAUAUGCAUACAUAUGUAAUGUAUAUGUUUUACUUUAUAUAUAUAUAUAUAUAUGUAUAUGUAUUUAGCUAGGUCAUUUUUUAUGUAAUUAAGUAAUAAUUAAGUCUCUAUUACGUAUUUUGACGUAUACAUACGCGAUGAUAUCAAGCAGUGACAAAUAUUUGUAGUAGUAAUCUGACUGAUCAUAAGUAGUUAAGAAUACUACCGCAGAGAGUUCCGAAUAUAGCUAGGAUAUAUCCUUAACUCGUACGUGGAAGACAUUUGAAUCUCCUAAGAUUAUCUCGGCAACGAAACCACAUAGUGACAAGCGUAAAGUAAUUAUAUCAAGACAGAGUUGAUAUAGUACAUCGUAUUUUAUACUUAUAUAAAAAAAGACACUCUUUAAACACGGUAUAUAUACAUAUAUACAUAUAUAUACAUAUAUAUAUAUAUAUAUAUAUAUAUAUAUAUAUAUAUAUAUAUAUAUAUAUAUAUAUAUAGCGUGUAUAGUUUUAUGGAUAUUUUGGAUAUUUAAAGUGCUUCUACUUACGUGAUGGCGACUUCAUACGCGAAGGACGACGUUAGAACAUGAUAUACCUCACACAGCAGAGGUGUCCAAAAUAUAUCAUAGGGAUAUCCUAAAGAUAUAUUUGGGAUGUGAUAUCUUCAAGAUAUCCUUAUGAUAUAUUUGGGACAUUCCUGCUGUGUGGGACGUAUGUACAUAUGUGCGUACAUUUUCUCGACCAAGCGAAAAAUGCGAAAAACGUCAGAAACAUAUUACGUAUUCUUAUGACACUACCCGCACUCCGCCUGAACUAGAUGUUAUGUGCUACAAUAUAUAACUUGGCUUGUAUUCUUGAAUGUUAGCAGUACUAAGGUGAUUGCAUUCCAUCGUGCUAUACUUUAUUACGCUUCACACGGGCUACAAUACGACUUUACCGUAUAAUUGCAAACAAAAAAUUAUUUUCAGAUUCCGGGAAUGCCGUUGUAUGUGCGACACGUCUCCUCAUAUUUAUUUCUUUAAUGCGCUUUAAGAGAACAAAAUAUAUAUCAGCCGUUAUAGGACAAUUAAUAGUAUCCACAGAUGGACCUUAUCGUAUUAAUUUGCGGUAAAUGAUAGACAUCUUUAACUUUGCAGCAUACCGACAGAAUUCUAUUCGAAGAAGGUAGAAUUUGUAGAGAUGUGUAUACGCAAAUUAUAAUCGCAUAUAAAAAUAUUGCAUAUUGAAUAAUAAUUAAUAAUUACAGAUAGAUUUCCGUCGCGAAUUAUAAGUCGUCCAAAGCGGGCUCUCCUUAUACUUGCGUACAAUGCGGCAAUAAUUUUAUAUUACUACGAUUUAAUUUUAAGUGUAUUCUUAUUCGCGCGUUUACGUAAAAAGUGAAGUUUUACUCAUAUCAUCAGAUAUACCUAUAUGAAAGUUUAACUCGCACGAAUCUUACACGUACUCGAGUAUUCAUGUUCAGUGAAAUACGUGGCUGUUUGGAUGUAUUGCUUUCAGAUGUCUGUAUUGAAUAGAGAUGUGCGAACUAUUCGAAUCGAAUCAAGUGAAAUUCGAUUCGAUUCAAAUUCGAAUCCCUAUAAUUCGAAUCCGAAUAAUUCGAAAAUUUCGAAUCGAAAAGAUUCGAAUACGGAUCGCAGACAUUAGUA